CAGGACCUGCGCUUUGGUAAACCGACACUAGUUGAUGUUGACCACUAGGCCUCAUUUCCGAAUUGGCUUCCUAGGCCUCACAUCUCCCACCACCACCAACCACAAACGGGAGUGAAGGUCACACCUCCCGUACUUUUUCUCCUGCUUCAACUCGCCCAUUUUCAACUGCGAUGUCAGGCUACGAGAGUGGGGCUUCCUUGCCCUCACGCUCGCUGCAGGACAGCACCAACUACGCCAGAUUGGAGUCGCCUCGUGCGUCCUCCCGCUCCUUCGAGCUGCCAGCACACCACGUCGUGGACGUGUCUGGCGGCGCGCGGUCCUUCUCGGCCGCCGAUCUGUACCAUGUCGACGCCAAGAUGGCCACCAACACAAACUCGGCUGGAGUGGGCCCCAGCACCCCGCUACCUGACCACCGUUCGCGCUUUUUGAGCGAUGGAGAGCUGCUACUCGCUGCCAACCCCGUGCCCACGCGGGAGUCGUUCGCGACGCUCAAUGAGACGGACGAGAAGACAUGGCAUCAACGGUCUACCGAGCUCAUCUCUAAGAUGCUCAACACGAACCUCGAGCGAGGACUGAAUGGCAUGGAUGUGGAGCGUCGGAUACUACGCUACGGCGUCAAUGCGCUGGAGGAAGAAACCAAAACACCAGUCAUCGUGAUCUUCCUACUGCAAUUCUACAAUCUCAUCAUCGCCAUGCUGCUAUUUGCUGCCCUAGCGUCUUUGGCUCUACAAGAAUGGGUUGAAGGUAUCGCUAUUCUCGCUAUCGUCACGCUGAACGCAGGCGUGGCGACGUAUCAGGAACACUCUGCUAGUAACGCGCUGGCAGCGCUUGCCAGUCUGUCGAGCCCGCAAUCACUCGUCAUCCGUGACGGGAUGCAGCAGGUGGUAGACAGCAAGCAGCUGGUGCCCGGAGACAUCGUGAUCCUCGUCACAGGCGACGUUGUGCCUGCCGACAUCCGGUUGUUCACUAGUGUGGAUCUCAAAUGUAACGAAAUGUUACUCACGGGCGAGUCGGAAGAUGUUCCCAAGAAGUACAAUGCUCCGAUCCACCCUACUGGCGCUGGCAAGCCUGCCAAAUUGACAGCCAGUAACAUGGUCUUCUCGUCCACGACGAUCACAGCUGGUAACGCUCGCGGUAUUGUAGUGGAAACCGGUAUGAGCACGCGUGUGGGUUCCAUUGCAGCUCUACUACAAGCCAAGAGCGGCACAGAUGCAGCAGCAGAGAAGAAGUGGAUCCGUAAUCCCAUUGGUGACUGCAUCGCCAAGCACCGUCCAAAGCUCACGCCUCUGCAACGAGCUCUACACCACACGGGAUACAUCAUGGGUCUCAUCGCAGUGGGCGUCGCUAUCCUCGUCUUUGUCGUCGGUAUGAUCCGUGGCAAUGAAGACCCGCGCCAUCCCGACAGACCCACGUACUUGACGAUGAUCAUGGCUGCCGUAUCUGUGGCGGUGAGUGCUGUUCCUGAAGGUCUUCCGAUGGUCGUGACUAUUUGUCUGUCUUCGGGAACUGCGGAGAUGGUCAAGAAGAAUGUGCUUGUGCGUAAACUGGCUUCGGUGGAGACACUAGGUGCAGCUUCAGUGAUCUGUACCGACAAGACGGGCACGCUAACAGAAGGCAAGAUGACUGCAGUGAAGCUCUGGGGCGAUUUCCACGAGUAUUCUAUCACUGGCAAGGGAUUCACUCCCGAAGGUUCCAUUCUAGCUGCGGACGGUAGCAGUCAAGCUGAACCAGAGGCUGGUAACGUCCAAGUUCGCGCUACUUUGAUGGCCUCAGUGCUGUGCAGUAACACGCAACUGAAGCAAGUGGAAGGCGACGAUGGGGAGAGUCGUUGGGUUCCAUUUGGCAACUCGUCCGAGGCUCCUUUGGUUGUUGCAGCCGCCAAGGCAGGUAUCUGGGAAGACAAUCUGCUAGAAGACUACCCUCGUCUAGUGGAGGUUCCGUUCAGUUCUUCGCGUAAGAUGAUGGUCACGGUGAACGCUGUCCCAGUCGUGAGUGGCACAGCAAUGUUUGAUACCUUGGAGCUACCUGGUGACAGACCUCCCAAGCUUGUGGCCAACGUCAAGGGCGCACCAAAUUACAUUCUACGUAACUGCACACAGUACUGUCGGAAGGAUGGCACGUUCGAGACUCUGAACAAUGUGCAGCGUCAGGAGAUUCUGGAGGCGGUGGACGCGCUAUCGUCUCAAGCUCUGCGUGUUCUUGCUGUAGCCAUCCAGCCGAUGCACGAACUGCCGUUCGGAAAGGACUGCGACGAUGUGGACGAGAAGUUCGCAGCGCUGUCGAAGCCCUUGGUGUUCCUCGGACUGGUGGCGUCGAUUGACCCGGAACGUGACGGUGUGCGUGAUGCCAUCGCCACUGCACGCGCGGCUUCGAUCCGUACGGUGAUGAUCACAGGCGACUACCUCGCUACUGCCGUCGCUAUCGCCAAGAACAUUGAUCUGCUACAAGUCGGCGCUGACCCGGAAGCUCAAGCUACCGAUUGUACUCAAUUGCGUCCGAAUGGUGACGUGUACUUGCCUCCCGCUGACAUCGACGAGAUCACGUCACGCACGCUGGUUUUCGCCCGUGCCAAGCCUGAAGACAAGAUCGAGAUCGUCAAGUCUCUUCAACGUCAAGGUCUCAUCGCUGCGAUGACUGGAGACGGUGUCAACGACGCACCUGCGUUGAAGGAGGCUGAUAUCGGUGUGGCCAUGGGCAUUUCCGGAACCGAAGUCGCCAAGGGAGCGUCCGACAUGAUCUUGACCGACGACAACUUCUGCAGUAUCGUCUCGGCAGUGGAAAAGGGUCGUGUCAUCUACGCCAACAUCCAGAAGUUCGUCAUGUUCUUGCUGUCCACGAACAUUGGAGAGAUUAUCCUGAUCUUCAUCUCGGUGGCUGGAGGUUUCCCUCUCCCUCUUGAGGCGCUGCACAUUCUGCUGCUCAACCUGUUCACGGACGGUAUGCCUGCUGUUGCCCUGAGCUUGGAGAAGGGCGACCCACACAUCAUGGCAGACAAACCGCGUCACAAACAGACUUCGCUCAUCCACGGACGACUGUGGUUGCUCGUGUUAUUUAACGCCUUUUUACUUCUUGCUGGAGCCAUGACCACGUUCCUCUUGGGACUCUACUGGAACUUCGGUGAACUGCUGACAGACGACAUCUACAACGCUGGCGGAGGUGCCGACGGUACCGAUUACACGGACGUGACGUGUCGGCGCUGGGAAGGCAUCGACGAUGGCUGGAAGCUGUACGGUAACUGCGCUGCCCAAUACUCCGAUGGAUCGUACAUUUUCGGCGAGGAAGUAGCCGGCAUGACGUCGUUCGAGAACUCUACGGCUUACUGUGAAGGAGGAGACUACGACUGCGUGCCGGCAGGUCUGGGUCGUGCACAGACGAUGGUAUUCUUGGGCUUGGCCUUCACGGAGGUGCUGCGAGCCUACACGGUGCGUCACUUCACUGAACCUGUGUUCGCGCGGAUGCUGUCGAAUGGCUACAUGCAGCUCGCGGCGUGUAUGUCGGUGAUUUUGACGGUGCUCGUGAGCAACGUGCCUGUUAUUAUGGACGACAUCUUCGGAUUCGAGUACAUUUCAUGGUACCAGUGGCUUGUGGUCGGCGCAGUAGCAGUCAACAACGCAUUCUGGGGCGAAAUCCUGAAGGCCUUUUUGCGACGGAAGGACCGGGCGCAGGCUCGAUGGGACCACAUGAAGGCUGGAUUUGAGGAGAUCUUGCUCGAGAUCCGGCAUGUGCGCCAUCAUGUCGAACUACUCGAAGCUGGUGGGCCCAAAAAGCGUGUGUAAAGACACGAUGGACGAGAAGUUGGCGAAGUGUGUAUUGCGUAUGGAUCGACGUGCGUCAAGGCAGCUAAGACCAGGAAAACUGUCGAGUGAGUUCGUUCUCGAGUCCCAAGAGCAGAGAUCGAGUGUUGUUAGCUUGGCGUUAUAAUGAAUUUAUCAAUAAAAGCUUAUUAAAAAAAAAAA